AUGGGGGAUGGUUCAAUGAGUUACAGAGAGCUUUCAAACAGGCUUGUAGAAUCUAAAGAAGCCUUUGAUUUACUAAAGGUCAAGUACAAAGCUUCAUUGGCUAAGAGAAGAGAGUUGGCUAAGAAGUUGUUGGAACUCAAUGAAAGUAGUUCAUCUGAGGAAGAAACCAUUGAUGCCUUGUCUAAUGAGGUGGAAAAGGCACUAGCGGAGUUCCAGACGCUGCAGGCGAGAUCGUGGGACAUACGACCGAGGGUCGUGGAUGCAAGGGUUUCAAAGGAGUAUACACAGUAUAUUACGGCCCAUCCGAUUCCACUCAUAUCAGAUCCAGCAGAGCUAGUGCCCGAGUUUAAGGAUGAGAGGGGACGGAGGAGGGGGAGGGGAGGAGGGCGAGGUCCGAUAGCAGGCCUUGGAGGGAGAGGAGAUGAUGGAGACAGGGGAGGAGGUGGUGGAGGAGGUGGUGGGUUGGGGGUUCAGAUUCAGUGGAGAGGGAGAGGUGACUAUGCAGGUCUGCUGACAGGGCGUACAGAUCUGACGUGGCAUUGUGCAGAUGUACAGUUUUGCCCAUGGGCCAGUGGCCGCUUGCCACAUGGUAGACAUGGGGCCGCCUAUUUUGGUGGUUGUCGACGGAGGAUGGUGUCGUCGGAGGCGGGAGAGACCAGCGAGCCCAGUGUCGAGGGGGCUGGCGGCGGUCGAAAGCCGAGGCGGCCGGCGGGAGAGGUGACCGGUCAGCGGAGGUGGCGGUUGCAUGCAGAGUGA